CUUGACAUUAUACCAGAUUUCCUUUGACCAGAAGCUGACUACUUCAGGUGUUUCUGGAGUUGCUGUGAGAAGGUUCUCCACUGUGCAUGUGGCAGGGCUCAGGCUGCGUUGUAACACCGUGUGAAUCAGCUAAACCAGAAAUACAGGUGAAGAAAGAGGUGGAGGAAAUGCAAACAAAUUCAAAGGGCAGAGAAAGAGAAGAAACCAGGAAAAUGAAAGCUGUGCAAGUUGUUAUUUGAGGGAUCCUGGAGCACCAGACAGCUUUUCUGGAGGGAAAAUGGAGGAAAAUGAGGUGGACAUUGAUACUCUGAUCGAUGAAAUGGAUUACAUUCCAGGUCACUUCCAUCUUGAUAUGAACUUGAAUUUUGAGUCGACUUCCCCUAUGAAUUUCCAAGGAAGAGAUGUGAAGCUGAAACGAGAAAGUCUUAUCUAUGAGCUAGAGUCUGAAACCAGUGCUCAGCAGUAUGCCAUCAGGAACCUCCUUGGGGUCUUUUCUUUCUACCUGGAAGAGGUACAGAAAGCCAAAGAGAUUUUUCUGCACAUCAUUCAUGAAGAGCCCGAGAACCUGAACGCUUGGGCCAACCUGGCCUAUGUUUAUGACAGACUGAACGAUGAGCAUGAAGAGGCAAAAUGUACAGAGAACCUCUCCCGCUUAAUGGGCUUAGAUACAGAAGAUGGGGUUCAAGGGAACCCCCAACUCAGAAUGGCCCGUUGCUUGGCUGAGCAAGGUUAUGCAUAUGCCUUUGAUGUUGGGCUCGUGAAUGAAGAUGAGAAGGUGGAGAAGCUGACUGCAGGCCUCAUUCUUUAUGGCAAAGCUCUUGCUUAUGGGAAGCAGAUUCCUUUGGAGGAGAGAAGAAGUUGGUAUUUCACAAUGACCACACUGCAUAUCAGAUUAGAUGGGAUGAGGAUGAAUAAGGGAAAUGAUGAGGCAAAAAGGUUGCCAGCCUUCAAUAGAACCCUGGUUUUGGUUCAGCAAGUCCUGAAGUCCUCUCAUCUACAUUACAGAGCUUUGGCCUGGUGUUACCUUGGGAUACUUCUAGAAAGGAAAGAAUCAUUCUCAACGACCCCAAUGGGCAUUCAUGAUUGUGGUUACUCUGGAACGGAACCUCUUGAUUGCUUUGGAAAGGCCAUAGAACUAGCAAAGGAUAGUCCACCUGUUUUAAACCGCCUGGCAAAAAUCUUCCACUUCCUUGGCAAGCAAGAGAUGGCAAUGGCUGUCUGCAACAUGGCCCUGGAUGUCCUGCCAGAUCCAGUACUCAAUUGGCAGGCCUACUGCAUGCAUGCCAAGAUUCUAACUAAGCUGUAUUUGCGUGACUUGGAACGUGUGAAAAUGGGCUUGGGAGGAAUGCCAAACCAGAAGAACCUCCUAGAUGCCAAAUCUGAUCUUGAGAAUGUCAUGAAAGUACACCCAUGCCUCAAGACUUACUUUAACCUAGGCCAGGUAUAUUAUUACAUGGGAGUGGAUGCUAUCCAGGAACUUUUCCUUGUGGAUGAAAAUGCCCUGAAUAAUGCCCUCAUGUUUUUUGCAAAAGCCAUGGAAUUUGACAUGGGAAAUGUCUUGCCUGAAAUCCAGCUACUGAGGGGGAAAUGCCUCCAGCUAAAAAAUGAAGAACUGAAUGCCAUUGAAUGUUUCAAGCAGGCAGUCGAACUGGACGAUGUGGGCUCAGUGCAUACGGAAAGUUUCCGGUGCUUAAUGGAAUUGCUGCUUGUGUUGUUCAACCAGAAGAAGAUAAAUACAGAGAUGCUGAUGAAGGAAGUGGAGUUGUGGGUGAAGAAGGCGGAGGAGAAAUAUCCCAAGCAGCGUGUUCAACAGGAACUCAGGCUGGUUUGUCGCCAUCACACAGCAGAGGUGCUGGAACUUUCCAAAGCCAUGGUGGCUAAAGGGAAGACUGAGUUGGUGAAGCUGCUCUUUGAGACCAUGAAGUGUGACUUUAAGAAAGGCAGAAUGAACGAAAGGUCGCUCUCCUUUUGAUCAGCUGAUUUUGUAGUCAUAUCAUACAACCACAUUUUCACCAAGCUCAGAACUUUACUAUAAUUCAGUUCUGCUCAUAACUGGAAAAAAAGACUAUUUAAAAUAAUAAGGACUAUAUAAUACAAUCUGAUUCUUUUAGAGCAUCGAGAACAUAUUAUUCUAUACUCAUGGAUGAAGAGAGAUAUGUGUGCUCUAACAUCCAGAAAUGUCAUUUCAUGUUUAUUAUUCACUAGUAAAAAUACUUGGCUUCAA